AUGUCUGGCUGGUUCACUUCGUUCCUGAACUGCCGUCUGUGCAUCGGCGGCAAGUUGGUAGAUGAUCAGUUGGUCGUUUCCGAUGAUACUGGUCUCAUUCUGCCUCGGACUGGAUAUAUCGGUGGUGAUGCAGUAGACUUGGAAGAAGGCAUUAUUGCUCCUGGUCUGCUGGAAUUGCACACCAAUGGUUUGCUUGGAUUUCAUUUUACCCACUUUAACGAUGAGGGAGAGUAUGCUGGUCAGAUUGACAAGGCUGCCAAGUUUCUCGUUACACAAGGUGUUACGGGCUUUUGGGCGACAAUACCAACUGUGUCCUCUGACGAAUACAAGAAGGUAGGCUCGACUUCUUCCUCAUGCAGUUCCCACGUUGCUCUAUAUCUCCAUCCCUCUUUCAUAUCGCAUGUGUUAGCGAGGCACUGUGUCGAAGAAGCGAUGCUUAUAACAGCAUGGCUCUCGAUCAGUGGAGACAAAGCAGAUCAUGCCACUGACAGCAUUUUGGUUUUCAUAGNNAUUUUGCCAUCCUUGAAGCCUAGGACAAUCGAUGAUAGCGCCUCACUACUAGGAGCACAUGCAGAAGGACCCUACCUAGCACCAUCCAAGAAAGGUGCCCAUAACUCGGACCACUUCUUCGAUGGCAGUCGAUCAGCGGAAGAAGUUUAUGGACCAUCAGCGACAUCUUCCGAGACUCUCAAAUUCGUGACAUUGGCUCCUGAACUUCCCAAAUCAGCAGAACUCAUCAAAAGUCUUACGUCCAAAGGCAUCAAAGUGUCGCUUGGACAUAGUGCAGCCACCUACGAACAAGGCAUUGAGGGAGUCAAAGCUGGAGCAACCUUGUUGACGCAUACGUUAAAUGCCAUGACACCACUCCAUCAUCGCGAUCCUGGUCUUGCUGGACUCGUCACGACUGCCAAUACAGACACUCAGGAGAGUCCGUACUUCACGAUCAUCCCAGACGGCAACCACCUCCAUCCUAGCGUGGCCACGAUGCUUUUCAGAGCAAAUCCGGAAAGGUGUAUUUUCAUCACUGACAGUAUUGAGCUCGCCGGACUAGACGAUGGUGUUUACCCCGGACACGCACAAAUUCCAUUCAAACAACGCAAGACGGGAUCGAAGGUGACAAUCGAUGGGACAGAGACGCUAGUGGGCGGGUGUGCCAGCUUGCAGGAAUGCAUUCAAAACAUGAUGAAAUGGAGUGGGUGUGGUGUGGCAGAGGCCGUGAGAUGUGUUACUGAGAAUGUGGCAGACAUGAUGGGAGACAAAACCAGAGGCAAGCUGGAAGCAGGACGAAGGGCAGACUUUGUCGUGUUGAACGAUGAAGGGGAAGUGCUUCAAACGUGGGUCGCGGGGUUGAAGGUGUGGGAGAAGCGAUGA